AUGAAUCAAACACCUCGAAAUCCAAAGCGAACUCGACAAAAGUCUCCGUCACGUUCAAUUGCGGUUGACCACCGAAGCAACAACGGACCACCACCUUUGGAUGAUCAAGACUCUGAUCGGAUCGUUGUGAUCAACAAAAACACCAGUCUCACCCAGCCCGAAACCCCUAGCACCAGCCAGCCUAAUACAUCAGGCCCUCGCGAACUCACUGACAUGGAGGAACUAGUACAAAACAAAGGCAAACCUUCGCCAGCUCAUUGGAAAAACGAGUACUGGUUCUUCAUGAACAGCGCCCGCGGUCUCAGUCAUGACAUCAUGCUAGGCCGGCUGCCAGCUGGUCCUGAUCCUUUUGCUUAUAUCUCUCAUCUGGCGGAGCGCAGAUUCACGGCUCGGUUGCCUCAAUCGGCGAUAAUCCUCCUGGCCGUUUUCCUCGUUUUCCAUAUCCUGAUCACCGCGUUCAGUUUGGUCAUCUUAAUCCUGCCCUACGUUGGUAAAGCCAAUCGACGAUCGUGGACUUUCAAGAAGCUAUACAUCUACGAUCGUUCUGGCGAAAAACUUUAUAGUGCUCCCUUGUACUUGGUCAAUACUGGGGUCUUGAUGUCGGUCUCGCAACUUCUGGGCUCCGUAACUACUCAAGCGUACAUAUGGAUGCACAUUAGGAUGAAUUUAUCCGGAAAUUACUCACUGCGCAGUCAAUUUAUCCCUGUCUUAGGUCUCGUGUUCAUCUUUGAUACUUACUCAUAUUGGAGUAUGGCGCAUUGUUUUUUUGGCACUAUACUACAGCAACAAGAACUUCGCGGACAAGCCAAAACGGCUGAGCUGGCUCCGAUCUCCGCGGUCAAUUAA